AUGGCUGACCGUUGGAUAAGCCCAUUUUCUCGUGAUCCAUUUUUUUCACCAUUUAGUGGUAUGAGAAGAUUUUUUGAUGAAAUGGAUAAAGCAAUGAUGGAGAAUCGUUAUUGGGUAAAUAAAUCUCUUACUGAAACUCAUAAAUUUGCUGAACCAUGCCCAGAAGUUAUUAAUAAUGAUAAAGAGUUUAGAAUUAAAAUGGAUGUUUCUCAUUUUGCUCCAAAUGAAUUAAAAGUAACUGUUAAAGAUAAUUUUCUUCAAGUUGAAGGAAAACACGAAGAAAAAAGUGAUAAUUAUGGAACAAUUCAAAGAAUGUUCGUCCGAAAAUAUGGAAUUCCUGAAGGUCUUAAAGAAGAAAAUGUAACUAGUGAGCUUUCCAAAGAAGGUAUUUUAACUGUUGGAGGUUCCAAACUUGCUAUUGAGGCUGACAAAGCUAAAAAUGUACCAAUAACAUACAAGUAA